GCAGCCAUGGCCCAGCAACCCACCUCCCAGUCCCUUGCGCGCGACGCCUGCAUCGUCGCCGCGGCGAGGAUAGCUAGAGAGAGAGGCUUCGCCGCGGCCGACGAGGGCGCCCUCGAAGCGCUCGCGGACGUCGUGCGGGCCUCGGUGCGCGCGCUGGCGCGGCGCGCCGCGGCGAACGCGCGGCACGCGACGCGGUCGGAGCUCGCUUUAAAUGAUGUGCUGUCGGCUUUGAAGCAAAGUCCCGCGAACCGAGUCGCGUGGCAAGAAUUACGGGACUUCUUCUUUCCGCGGGAGGGCCACGGCUGGCGCCUUCCCGCCCAGCCGGGGUCCACGCUGCCGGCGCCGAAGCGCUCGAGCCGCUACGGCGUCCUCGGCGCCGGCGCGACGACGACGCGGCGCGCGCACGUGCCCGCGUUCCUCCCGCCCUUCCCGGAGAAGGUGCUCGCCGCGGACGCGCCCCCCAAAAAACGGAAGCGCGGCGCCGAGGACGACGCGCGCGACGCGGAGGCGCUCCAGCUCGCGCUGAACCGCAUCGCGAGCCCGCCGCCGCGCGAGGACGGCGGCGCCUUGCCGCUCCAGGAGCGCCUCGACCGGGCGAAGGCGAGCGCGUAA